UUGGCGAGCCUGACUGGUGCUGAUGUUCCACUCCAUGCAUUGACGAUUCGUCGUCACUUUUGGUUUAGCGACGUCUCGCGAGAGAAAGAAUCGAGUGUGAUAUUGGAGAUUGGGAAUUUCUCGCGUGCGGUUAAUGUACCAGGACUUCUGAAAAAAUUCCACGGGAAUUUUCGACGAAACGUCGUCAUGGCUGACAACGAGCAGAAGGCAUUGCAGCUGGUUGCGGAGGCCGAGAGGAAGCUGUCAUCGUCCAAGAGUUUCUUCGGCGCACUGUUCGGAAGCUCAUCAAAAAUUGAAGAAGCGGUAGAAUGUUACCAACGGGCAGCAAACUUGUUCAAGAUGGCAAAGAAAUGGAAUUCAGCAGGAAAGGCAUUUUACGACGCAGCAGAUUUACAUGCAAAGGCUGGUGGUCGUCAUGAUGCAGCUAAUAAUUAUGUAGAUGCUGCCAAUUGCUUCAAAAAAUCUGAUACAAAUGAGGCGAUUAGCUGUUUGUUAAAAGCCAUCGAAAUUUAUACCGACAUGGGCCGUUUUACAAUGGCAGCAAAGCAUCAUCAGAGUAUAGCUGAGAUCUAUGAAAGCGAAGCAGUUGAUCUGGAACGUGCAGUACAUCAUUAUGAGCAAGCCUCCGAUUAUUUCCGUGGUGAAGAGAGUAAUUCCUCGGCAAAUAAGUGUCUCCUUAAAGUUGCACAGUACGCUGCUCAACUUGAAAAUUAUGAUAAAGCCAUUCAGAUCUACGAGCAGGUUGCUUCUGCAUCAUUAGAAAGUUCUUUACUAAAAUAUAGUGCUAAGGAAUAUUUCUUUCGUGCUGCAUUGUGUCAUUUGUGUGUCGAUUCAUUAAAUGCCCAACAUGCGAUUGAGCGUUAUCAAGAACAGUAUCCGGCUUUCCAAGAUUCUAGAGAAUAUAAAUUAAUAAAGACACUGAUAGAACAUUUGGAAGAUCAGAACCUUGAAGCUUACACAGAAGCCGUAAAGGAAUAUGAUUCAAUUUCAAGAUUGGAUCAAUGGUAUACAACAGUAUUAUUACGUAUUAAAAAGCAAAUUAACGAUAACCCGGAUCUACGCUGAUCAGUUGUUUCUUAUCCAUGUUAUUUUCUGGCAACAAUAUUACUUCAACUCCAUACAUAUUCUUUUUUGAGUCGCGUCCUGCUUUCAAUGGAAACAAUAGUAUUUUAUUUUUUUAUGUAAUGGCUCACAUUAUAUCGCCUUUCCAUGGGAUAUAAUCGUUUUCGACAAUUUUCAUUAUUUAUAUAAACCUUUUUUUUUAAAUCUUUACGUAUCCACGAAAUUGUGGAAGUUGCAGGAAUAUAAGAGAUAAUUAUUUCAAACAUCCCGGUCUAUAAUAUAUCUGUAUAUGCGUGUGUAUCCCUUUUUAUUUUAAUAUACAUACUCAUUGCCAGAUAUAUUUGUUAUAAUAGUAUUUCAAUUUUGAUUUUUGUUUUAAUUAAGGCUCCUGGAUCCUCGCCGCGACCAUGUGGAAUUGUGAUGUCAUAAGCGAGAAGUACACGCUGAAUUGAUUGUCUUCAUAAUCGGAAACAGUAGGAUAUAAAAAAGAUUAAAUACAAAAGUAAUAGGAUUUAAAGUGAGGCACUUGAUGGCGAUAUUGGGCGGAAUUCAUAUUCCGUUCUUAUAUUUAAAAUCGUCUUAAGACCUUGUUCAACCAAUCAAGAGAUGCUAUGCGGCCAUUUGAUUGGUUGAACGAGGUCUUAAGACGAUCUUAAAUAUAAGAACGGACUAUGAAUACCGUCCAUUAUUGACCUUGACUUAGAGGUCAAAUUUGAAGAUUAUUUCAAGGUCAACUUAAUUUUUUUAAAAUAAAACCAUAUAUUUUUACAUAAAUCGAAAAGAACAAUUUUCGAAGUAUUUUAAAAGUGUGCUAAAGUCAUCUGAAGUCCUGUUUCAUCCAAAAUAUCUUUUCAUAUCAAAAUGACAUCUAAGAAUUUUUAGCGUAUGUUUUGUUGCCUCUGACGUCACAAUUCAAUAUGGCUGCGGCGAGGAUCCAGGAGCCUUAAAAUAAUAGCCUAGAAUCUUUAUCUUAUUUACUUCAUACACAUACACAUACAUACACACAUAAUACACACUAAUACUCUUGUUACUUUAACAUUAUUAUAGCUUAUCUUUUUUAGAUUUAAAAUUACAGUGCAACUAUAAAUAACAUUAAAGUAUCAAU